AUGUCGUCGUCUUCUUCUUCUUCCUCUUCGUCUUCUUCUACUUCUUCACAAGAUGGCGAGGUUGGUGGUGGAGGUGGUGGGGGUGGUGAUUUCGAGGGUCCUUCCUCUUCUCGGCGACGUUCCGGAAAUGGGGUUUGGCCGGAGCCUUUUGUGGAGGCUCUGGCUUCCCAAGUGGCCAUUGAUGCUUCUCGGAGCAUUGGUCGUCUGGCCGCUGCUCCUGCCCUCGCCAAUGUCUUCCAGGUGUGCUCAACAUGGCGGGCAGUGUCUCGAUCGGACCUUCUAUGGCGCAACCUCUGCCGCCGUAUCUGGGGCCGGGCACGGCGGCUUCAUGACACAUGGCGGGAAGAGUUUAUCUACCGCCACCGCACCGCCAUGAACUUUCGGAACCGCCGGUAUAACUAUACGACACUGGAUUUUGACCCAGCUUACGUCAGCUCCGGCACGGCCACAGCUCUCUCCUGCCGCUGCCUGGCCCUCUCCGACUUCCACCUCGCCGUGGGUUUCGAGGACGGCACCGUUCGCCUCUUUGACCUCGCCACCCGCCUCCACGUCAGCACCUGCCUCCCUCAUCACAAUGGUCUUCUGGGUUCCUUCUCCCGCGCCGUCUCUGGCAUCAUCCUCUCUCGCGCCCGCCUCGUCUUCGCUUCCCUCUACGGCGACGUCAACGUCGCGGCUCUCGACAUCGUUGCCCCUCUCGAUCCCGUUAUCCCCACUCGCCACGUCCAUUUGGGACAGGUCGUCAACGACGGAGCCCUAGUCGACUUCGCCGGCUGCAGCCGCUGGUGGGUCGGCCUCUACGCCGGCGUCCCUGGCCAAGCCUUCCGCAUCUGGGAUGGCGAAACCGAAGAGCCCGUCUUCGUCGGUGGGUCCCUCACCGACCCAGAAGCCGUCAUGGGCUGGCACAUGUUCACAGAGUUAACCGAUUUCGUUGGCCGAGUGCGAGUCACGAGCCAGGAAUCGGCCGUGGCAUGCACGAGUCGCCGAGUCAUCGUCUUCAACCUUAGAAACGGAGGCAAUGUACACGGGGAACAAGAGUUCGCGCCAGGGUUUAUCGUGGGCAGCCUGGACGCCAACAAUGAGGCGUACGUUAUCGUGGACGGGAGGGGCGUGGCUAGCGUACGCAGGGCGGAGAAUCUAGAAGAGGUGUGCAGGUUUGUAGUGGGAGGUACCUCGCAGAGGCGAGUUUUGGGGUGCAUGAACGGGGGGUACGCCCUCAUGUGCAUCGGGAGUGUGAUAAGAGCGUGGGAGGUGGAACGUGGGGUGUAUCUGUACAACUUCAGGGAAAGAACGUUGGGGGAUCUGGUUGCCAUGGUGGCAGAUGAUAGAUACGUGGCAGCAUGCAACAGUGACACCACGAUUCACUUGUGGGACUUUGGGGCCCAAUAAGAGGGACGGGAUUGGGCCUUAGGCCCAUGUAGGGGUGGGUUGGGCUCCGAACCUAACUGACUUAGUUGGAUUUACCUUGACGAUGUGGGAUGGGCGUGGGCUACGCCGUUUUGGGGACUUGGCUUUUUUGUUGACCUCACCCUAGGAGACUAGUCUUGAUUUUUCUAUUCUAGAGAGAGAGAGAAGGGCUUUGUUGAUGCUGUACAGCUCUCUCUUUGACUGACUUGUAGCUUUGUUGGGCUCAAGAUGGUGGGCUAUUUAUUAUUCUUGGGUAUGUACUUGGUUGUUUGUAGUAAGUGAAUGGAUGGGCAUUGCCCUUGGAUGAUCUA